AUGAAGAAAAAUCAUCCCCUUCAGCGGACAAAUGAUGGAGCUGAACUACUGAACAACCCAGCUGCUCUGAAAGACUGCCACGUAACACCACAGUGUGGGGACCAUAAGGAAUCUGAACCCAACAUUGAAGCCAAUGAACCUUCAUGGGAAUGUGGGAGCAUCAGUACGUCGGAACUCUCGUCGGCGAAUCGGCUCAACGGCCUCCUCCUGCAAAAGGGCAAGCGAACAAGCAGCAUCGAGAUCGGUGAGACGCUGAACAAGAACAACAAAAUGAAUGUCGUCGCGGAGGCCAUCGAUGAAACGUGUGGUGUAGGAGAGGUCGAUUCGACGCGGUGCCCGCUGGGCCAGUUGGUCGAAGUCCCGGCAGAUGAGCGCGCGGUGACCAACUCCGGCUACCGUAGGGUACCCGAUGUGGGCAGCUCCACUGCAGCGCGACCUCCACUCGACCGGAGGUUCUUCACCUCCAAGAUCGUCGAUCAGGCCGUCCACCUCCGGGCGCCAACUGACGAGCUCCUCCACGGCGGUCUCGAUGGCGGCUACCCUGUCGUCGCGCUCGUCGUUGAUCUCGUGGAUGCAGAUCAGCUCGAGAUCCACCAUCCUCUACUCGAGGCUGUGCUCGUCGACUGGUGCCUGGAGAGGGUGGAGGGCGAGGAGGGCAAGAUCCGCGUCGCUGGAACCACCUACACCCCGCAAAUGAAGCAUCUCCUCUGCUGCUCCAUUUUAACGAUUUCAUUCUCCCAAAUCCUACAUGGAAACAGGGAAGGAGCAUCGUUGGCAAGCCGAGUGUUCAGAUCUUCUGCCAUUGUGAGGCGCCAUGAUUACACCACAGUUGAGUCCGAGGACGGUUACCUUAUACGGAUUGCCCGUCUCUUGAAUAUUCCCAAAACACGUGAGAAUGGACUUUCUGAGGAGGUGUGCGAAUGCUUUAAGUUUGGCUUUCCAAUUCUAUGGCAUAGGCUUGUUAAUCCAAAGAUGGAGCUGGAUAAUGAACAUGCACGAUCACCAUCAGAAUCUACUGCGAAUGCACCAAGUCAUUCAGUUGAAUAUUACAUGAAGAAGUUCUUAAGUGACAGCUUUUCCAGUUCAAUCAAAUAUGAUUCUGAUGAUGUUGAACAAGAGAGUAUGGACCGCUGUUCAAGUGAACAUGAGAUGAUUUCUCUUCCCAUUGAGUGUACAUCCUCUCGCUUAGGAGAACGAGGAACUCCAAAGUGUGGGAAAGCUUUAGUGAACCUUGGGAUUACAGUCAGGAGAUUACGAAAACGAAGUGGCAAAGUUUUUGGAAUCCCAAGUGGUGGACCAAUGAAGAGUGGCCACAAGCAGAAGAAGAUCCAGCGUGAAGCAUCCAGUAAACAGAUGAUUAAUGAAGGAGUUACAUCCGCUGCGGAUCUGACUCAUGAAAAUGCAGGUUGA